CUGGCCCGUACAGCAGUGUGGAAGCUUCCAUACCUCUUCUAUCUAUUUGGCCCAUUGCUUCUUUGGUGGCCGUAUCAGCGCACAUACCUAUAACAACAUUAUGGAACCUCAAAGAGAGAAUUUGCAGAGAACACUGCCAUUGUCCUUGGAAAGAUACCACAUUUCUGAAGAAUAUGGAUUUCUUCUUCCAAAUGCUCUGAAAGAACUUCCAGACCACUACAGACCUUGGAUGGAAAUUGCCAGCCGACUCCCUCACUUGAUUGAGAGCCACCAGCUUCGAGCCCACGUAGACAAGCUCCCCCUGCUGGACUGCCGAUUCCUAGAGGGUUACCGUGAGCAGCGCCUGGCCCAUCUGGUCCUGGGCGCUAUCACCAUGGGAUACGUCUGGCAGGAAGGAGAGACCCAACCCCGAGGGGUGCUGCCAAGAACUCUGGCCAUUCCUUUUGUUGAAGUCUCCAGGGCCUUGGGGCUCCCUCCUAUCCUGGUUCACUCAGACUUGGUGCUAACAAACUGGACCAAAAGGAAUCCAAAAGGACCAUGGGAAAUGAGUAACCUGGAAACCAUCAUCUCGUUACCUGGGGGAAAGAGCCUGCGUGGCUUUGUGCUGGUGACAGUUCUGGUGGAGAAGGCAGCAGCGCCUGGAGUUAAGGCCUUGGUUCAGGGAGUGGAAGCCAUUGUACAGUCCAGCCAGGACGCCCUGCUCCAGGCCCUGCAGCAACUGAGACUCUCCAUCCAGGACAUUACCAGAACCUUGGGACAAAUGCACGAUUAUGUAGACCCAGACAUAUUUUAUGCAGCCAUUCGGAUCUUUCUCUCUGGGUGGAAGGACAACCCUGCAAUGCCCACGGGGCUGAUCUAUGAGGGCGUGUCCACGGAGCCCCUGUGGUACUCUGGAGGGAGCGCAGCCCAGAGCUCAGUGCUUCAUGCCUUCGAUGAGUUCCUGGGCAUUCGUCAUUGCAAGGAAAGUGCAGACUUUCUGCACAGAAUGAGGGACUACAUGCCUCCUUCCCACAAGGCCUUCAUUGAAGACAUCCGCUCAGCUCCUGCACUGAGGGGCCGUGUCCUGGCCUGCGGCCCUGGGCCUUGCCUGACCGCCUAUAACCAGUGUUUGCAGGCCCUGGCGGAACUGCGCCGCUAUCACAUCACAGUUGUGGCCAGAUAUCUUGUGACAGCUGCAGCCAGAGCCAGGAGCAGGAGCCAGGGGGAUCUCCUGAGGCCGCCCAAGGCCCUGGAAGACAGGGGCACAGGGGGUACCCCAGUGCUGAGCUUCCUGAAGAGCGUACGGGAGGCAACCUUGGAUGCCAUCAUAUGUCCUCGUGCCUAGAAAACCACUUUUGUUCCAGCAGGGCAGAGCCCUCAUGUGAACAGGAACGGAGAGUUUGGGUCAGUGCUCUGCCAGGAACCACCCAAAGUGACCUCAGCCCUGUGUCUCUUCUCCACAGAAAACAAUAUUCACUUUUGUUGAUAUUCCUGAUCCUCCUGUAGCUUCUCAGAAUGUUUACCUAGCCAGAGCUAGCCCCCAGUCACUGCCACCCAGGAAAGACUGGUGACCUGUUUCUAUUCAGGACCCCACAGACAUGAUGUGCCCUGCUCACUGUGCCAAAUCAGAGAAAGCCAAACUCUGUUUAAAAACCAAAUCAAGAUCUCCUGGGCAUGGUGGUGCAUGCCUUUAAUCCCAGCACUUGGGAUGAUAGAGGCUACCCUGAGACUACAUAGUGGAUUCCAGGUCAGCCUAAGCUACAGUGAAACCCUACCUCAAAAAA